CGGAUAAGUUUUUGUACAUAGCUGGUACAGGCUCUUUGGAAAAGUCGUUGGAAUUAUGUUGUACUUCCUACAUCGUAGAAAAUUAGGUACUUCUGAUUCGUCGUGCUUUUUUCAUCUCUCUGGAUUGCUGCCUGCUGUGCUCGCCUUCUUGAGUCAGACAAUAGCGGUUUUGUGUAUAAUCAGACCACCUAGGAAAACAAAAACCGGAUCCAUAGUUACUUACGAAUCCAAGAUAGAGAAAAGGACCUUCCACCUCCUUAAAUACAAAGAAAGUGAGUCGCCACCACUACACAAAAAUGUCGUCGAUCUAUGCCUUGCAACGGCAACCGAAGCGACCACGUCGAGUGCUCACAUUCGAUCCGGAGGGAGCUACGAGCGAACGAGGAUCAACAGCAGACAAAGUUACCGUGCAGCCCGGGAGUUAUGCCACGACUACUACUAGCAGUGCUAAGCUGCUAACGCCGCCUUCUGUUGAGGAUACCCCCGGAGGUAACGCGACCGGAGAGCAGAACGAUGAAGGAACAACGAAUGAGCAAAAGGAACAGCUUUUGACGGGCGCUCUCAAGAUAGAAGAACUACAGCAGAAGAAGACCACAUAUGGUGUGCGCUACAUGUACAAGGGGAUCGUCUUUCCGAAAACAAGUAAAGCGAAAAAUAAAGCAACCACGAUGAAAGAUCAGAAGACAACAACAUCUUCAAGCCAGCUGCAGCUUCUCUCUGCUUCAACAUCGAGCAGCACGGACGAGGGGAGCAGCAGUGGCAGUGCGUCUGCGUCCUCGUCAUCCUCCUCUGCGCGUAUGUCCUCGUCUUCGAGCAGCGCAAGCGGAACAACCGGCACAACUGCCACUGGCGAAAAAAUGAGGAAGAAAACCAAAUCUGAUGAGAACGAUAAACACGUGAAAAUCAUCGACGCCAUUCCGGGCACGUCCUACGUGCCGAUGUUCUACGCGAGCGCAGAUGACUUUGACAACUUGUCGGAAAGCGAGAUAGAUGUUUUACAUGGCGAGCAGGUUCUUGUACUAGAAGACGAUGAUGAUGCGGAAGGAGCGAGACUGAGCUCGACCUCAAAGAACGAGGACGAGAAGUCCACAAUGUCAGAAGUACAAGAGCAAGAUCAUACUUCUUCAGGUGUCCGACUGGUCGAGGAGUACUACGAGAUCUCUGAAGUCACCAAUACGGACGAGGAGAAUGUUGAAAACGGCAGCGCGCUGGUGCAGCAAGGAUUAUUUGGUCCAACUAGCGGACCCCCGCACGGAAAUUUUCACCAGUUUCACCCUACGUUCAACGCGGGUGCUGCAACAAAUUACAAUCCCUUCUCGUACAGCAACAACUCGGGAUUGAUGUAUGGCGCUUCUUCAUCUUCGAUUUACGGCGCAGGCUUCGGUUCCGCUUCCGGCUUCGGCUUCGGUUUCGCCCCACCACCACCGCCUCCUCCGACCAACAAUAUGGGCAACAUGAGCGCGCUUACUUUGCAACGAAUGAACGAGUACGCGGAGAAACGGUUGAAUAAUAAAACCACAGGCGGAGGUCCGUUUAGCGGUGCGACGAACGGCAGCUACGGUAAUAUGUUGAGCGAUGAAGAAGAAGAAGCAGAAGGGCAAAUAGCAGGCGCUGCAAAAAAGCCGAAAGCUACCGUUGCGUUCAGUCUGCGCGCGUGCAAGACCACCAGCCAGCCGGUGUUUUACCCGGAGAAGGAAACAGACACGCGGAAACGGAAGCGGCCUUUCGGGCUGAAAUACAACAAGAAGAACAAGGAAGACGACUUGAAUGUGAUCGCGUCAUCCUCAAAUCAUGCUUUUUCUUCCUUCCGCGCAGCGGUUGCCGGCAAUCCGGGUGGGGUCACCACUCUGGUCGCGGUGAAGAAAAACGACCCGAAGAAGGCCGGCUUAGGAGCUCCGGACGGCAGUGCAGCGCCGAAGCCACGGAAGCAACGGCCCAAGGGGCUGACGUACAAGAUUAAGAACCAGCCGGACGGCGUCGCGGCCUCGCGGAAGCCGAAAGAGCGGAAGAAGUACCAUUUGACUGAGGCGGGCAUCGCGCAAAGACGGGUCGCGAUUAAGAAAGCAGCGAAACUCUGGAGGAAGCGGACGCCAAAAAACAGUGAUGACGAGGAAUCGGACUCAGACGACGACAAUAUGGACGUUGACGAAGGAGAUUAAGAAUAAAAGUAAGGAAGUUCUAGACGUUUUCGGUUAUGGUCUGUCGUCGACUUCGUUCGGCUUCGGCGGCCAAGGACGACUCCGAAAGAAAUGUUUUCAUUUUAUUGGGGUGCUUGUCGAGCGGUGGGGUGCUGGUAGCUUUUCUUCUUUCGCAAAAAUUGUACUAAGAACCAGGUGGUCUAAAUGACCGAUGUUGAACGAGAAGGCCGAGACCUUUCUACCAGCACGCCAGCAGGUGUAUAUAGUUUGCAUUUUUACUUUUAUUUCACUCAUGCAGUGAGUAACAUAUUAUUUAACGAUAACACUUCUAUACGCAAGAGCAAAAGCGGUGGCGCAUUCACCAUUGUGCCCCACCAGCAGGAGUAUCUUCUGAAAAAUAUACAAAUUUUCUUGGAAUGUACACUUCUCAUAAAUUGAAUUCGUAUCCACAUUUUUUCAACGUAUGUCAUCAUUUCAAAAUUUCUGUUUUGUAUGUUAGUUCAAGUUUUCAUGGUGUCGAUCAGCGAUCUCAUGUCUUUACAACCCUUUCACGCGGUUUCACGACUUUUGUUAUGCAAAGGAUUGUUACGAACCACGUUGGCACAAGUUUCGUCGCUUUUCUACCAAG